GUCCUACCGUUGUCAAAUAUCGCGGUAGCCGCCUCCCUAAUCACUACGUAAUGUGCCGUGCUGCUUCUAGCGGCGCUGGUGACAGUGCUGAAAGCUGUUGGGUAUGAAGUGAAACGGAACUGAAUUUUUGUACCAUCCGCAACUGCUUCAAGUUCAGAUCAUAACAAAGAAACUGAAGACAAAACUCCCAAAACAAGCAAAGUUGCAACACUGAAGACACGUAGGGAAAAAACGGAUCACUUCAAGGGUUUAAAACGCACGAAGUAACCAAAUCCUGAAACGACCAAAGAAGACGCACGUCAGCCCAAUUGAAACACAGAAGAAAAGCAAUCCUAUGCCCAAGCAUAUUCUGCGAAGACUAACUGAUCUGAAACCAGAAGUUUGUGCCUACUCAACAGCUUUGACAAAGCACACGUCCCAACGCUGCUCCUAGCCCUCCUCAUCCUCACCACACCACCGACUCACCACCGGGGUGUGGAGUGGGCUGCUAUCUGCUAGUUUUACCUUCCCCCCAUAGUUCCCCCCAUCUUUCCCUUCCUCUACUUCUCCCACUGUUUUCAUUGUAUUUUUUUUUCUAAGCAGUGUUAUUGCACCUGCGUUUGCCUUUUUUGUGCUAGAUUUCUCCCCUUUUUUGCUUUAUGCAACCAUCUAGAACUUGUGCCAGAAACCUGUAACAAGUGUGUGUGUGUUCAACUGUGUGCGUGAAGAGAUCUGCAGGAACUGCAUAGUCAUCGAGAUCCUGAGAAUUACAAGAUUCAAGACGACGAAUAAAGACAUCCAGCGGUGUAUCAUUGGGUGGUUACAUAAAAAAUAGAACUUAACAGUCAAGCCAAAAAAAGAGAAAAAAUCAAACAAGUAAUCAAGUUCAGCAAGUGCUCAAGCAAGUUUGGUCCGAGUUUAUGGGAAAAUAUGGGCAGCCCCUGGAAAGGCUUUGUUGAGUUUACCUUGCCUGCGUCGCCACCCACCGCGUUUGUUAGCGCUGACCUGAGCAGCACCUCCCCUGUCGGACUCAGCCUGUCGCCAUAUGGCCGAUCCAUGAGUUUUGACCCUGGCAUGCUCCAUAACAAUGGACACACUGCGUACGCCAACGGCACAGGGCCCGGCAUUAGAGAGACUGGUGUGGUGGAAAAGCUCCUGACUUCCUACGGGUUCAUCCAGUGCUCCGAACGCCAGGCCCGUCUCUUCUUCCACUGCUCUCAGUACAAUGGCAACCUGCAGGAGCUUAAAAUAGGAGAUGAUGUAGAGUUUGAGGUUUCCUCUGACAGGCGCACUGGCAAGCCCAUAGCAGUGAAGCUGCUAAAGAUAAAGCCAGAGGUGCUGCCAGAGGAGCGCAUCUCGGGCCAGGUGGGGCCAGACCUGCACGCCUUUCCCUUUACUGUGCUGCAUGGUUAUAUUCAUCCAGUUGUCUCAGCAAUCCCCGUGCACCUGGAUGGAAAAUCUGCUCCCGGCCAGGUGCCCACUGGCAGUGUUUGUUAUGAAAGAAAUGGGGAAGUGUUCUACCUUACCUACACCCCUGAUGAUGUGGAGGGAAAUAUCCACCUGGACACUGGUGACAAAGUCAGCUUUUAUAUGGAAACCAACAAGCAUACUGGUGCAGUCAGUGCUCGGAACAUUCAGCUGGUGAAGAAGAAGCAAAUGAGGUGCCAGGGUGUGGUAUGUGCUACAAAGGAGGCUUUUGGCUUUAUUGAGAGGGCUGAUGUGGUGAAGGAGAUCUUCUUUCACUACAGCGAGUUCAAGGGUGAUCUGGAGGCUCUGCAGGCUGGAGAUGACGUAGAGUUCACAAUCAAAGACAGAAAUGGUAAAGAGGUAGCCACAGAUGUAAGGCUGCUCCCCCAAGGAACAGUCAUCUUUGAGGAUAUCAGCAUUGAGCAGUUUGAAGGCACUGUCGUCAAGGUCAUUCCCAAGGUUCCCACCAAGAAUCAGAAUGACCCUCUACCGGGCCGUAUCAGUGCCAGGAUUGGUUUCACUGACAAGGAGCUGCCAUUUGGCGAGAAGGACACAAAGUCCAAGGUGACCCUGCUGGAGGGAGACCACAUCCAGUUCAACAUUUCCACCGACCGCAGAGACAAGCUGGAGAGGGCAACCAACAUUGACAUCCUCCCAGACACCUUUAAUUUCACCAAGGAAACCCGUGAAAUGGGGGUGAUUGCAGCUAUACGUGACGGGUUUGGCUUUAUUAAGUGUGUGGAUCGAGAUGCCAGGAUGUUCUUUCACUUUAGUGAGGUCCUGGAGGAAAGCCAACUGCACAUCUCAGAUGAAGUGGAGUUCACUGUUGUGCCUGUAGGUCCUGUUUAUAAGCUUUUCACAAAAGAUAUGCUGUCAGCUCAGAGGAACCAUGCAGUGCGCAUUAAGAAGCUGCCCAAGGGCACAGUGUCCUUCCACACCCAGUCUGAGCAGCGCUUUAUGGGUGUGGUGGAGAAGGAAGUUGUGGCAACCACCAACAAGAAUACCAGUCCCACCAAGGGCAAGGAAAAGAAAAAAGACAAGGCUAAAGUUGUAGAAAAGGAAUCAGAGGAAGGAGUGAUUGCAUAUGAAGACUGUGGAGUGAAGCUCACUGUGGCAUACCAUACCAAGGACCUAGAGGGAGGAGGAUACCCACAGGUUGGAGACAAGGUGGAGUUCUCCAUCAAUGAAGUGAAGCGAACUGGCCAGCAGAGCGCGGUCUCCAUUAGGGUCCUCAACCGUAAUGCCUCCAAUGCAAAGAGGCUGCUUGGAUUUGUUGCUACACUGAAGGACAACUUUGGCUUCAUUGAGACAGCAAAUCAUGACCAGGAGAUUUUCUUUCACUACAGUGAAAUGUGUGGAGACUUGGAGAGCUUGGAGCUGGGCGACACAGUGGAGUACACGCUCUCUAAGGGAAAAGGAAACAAAGUCAGUGCUGAAAAGGUUACCAAAGUGGCUGCAGUGAAUGGCAUCAGUGAGGAUGUUGGUGCAACAGUGAUGAUGGGGAAAGUCAUCCGUCCCUUACGCAGUGUGGACCCCUCCCAGACAGAAUACCAAGGGCUUAUUGAAGUCACAGAGGAAGGUGCAACUAAAGGGCAGAAUUAUCCCUUUGGAAUCAUGGGUAUGUCAAACAAGGCCGAUUGUCUGCAGAAAGGAGAGCUUGUGAAGUUCCAGGUUUGCACAGUAGCCCAAACUGGACAGAAGAUGGCCUGUUAUGUGGUACCUCAGCGUAGAGCCAUGGUGGAGUGUGUCAAAGACCAGUUUGGCUUCAUCACAUAUGAAGUUGGUGAGAGCAAGAAGCUGUUCUUCCAUGUAAAAGAAGUGCAAGAUGGCCUUGAGCUCCAGACCGGGGAUGAGGUGGAGUUCUCAGUUGUCCUCAAUCAACGCACAGGAAAAUGUAGUGCCUGCAACGUACGCAGAGUCAGCGAGGGGCCUAAACCAGUGGUGACUCCGCGUCCAGAUCGUCUGGUUAACCGACUGAAGAGCAUCACUCUUGACGACGCCAGUGCUCCCCGCCUGGUGAUUGUAAGACAGCCCCGCGGUCCUGACAAUUCAAAGGGCUUCAAUGUGGAGCGCAAGACUCGCCAGCCCGGCGUCAUUGACUGAGCAAUACAGAGCCCGCCCUGUUUGGUGCUGGUGGGAUGCUGUCCCAAAGGGCAACAGCAGGGGAUAAGGGAAUUUGAUUUGACACAUGCUUGUACACACAAACUCAUACAGAAAACAUACGCACACAUACAGUAAUCGGCAUGUGUAAUCCUCGUCCCCAUCGAUACCUUCGAGGGAACUUUUCUCAUUCCACAGUUCCCUGCCUCCCAUGUAUGAUGUACUUGAUACAGAGUUCCACACUGCAGUCUACAUGGGGUCUCUGAGUGUGUGCGUGUGUGACGUAUCCUAGAAGUGAUUAUAGUGUGUAACGGAGGUUAUUUGUUUCUGAGGGUCUUGUCCCUCUAAAUCAGAGUGAUGACUGUGUGGCUGUCUAUGUCCCUAUCUUUUUGAAUCUGCUUUGUCUGGAAUUCUGCACCUGUAAUCUGUCCAGUAGUUUGCCUGGGUGAAUGAGUGUGAAUGUUUGCAUGUCUUUGAGCAUCUGCUCCAUUUUUUUUCUCAUAUUUUUGCUCCUUUACCCAUGGAAACUCAAAAUGGUUUCAUUGUCGGGUUUCCACUACUGUAUGCUUUCCUACAAAACGCAUAAAGCAAAGCAAAGUUCCCUCCAUAAGGAGGAUCAUAUUUCUCAUGUGCGAGCUUAAACUGAGGAUUCUUCUCUGCUCGUUUUUUUUGAGCAGUUUUUAAAACGCUUUAUUGAAGAGCUGAAGUGAAAGCAUGGUGUGUGUGUGUAUGUGUGUGCGCGAGUGAGUGUGUGUGUGUGUGUGUGAUGUAUGUGAAUGUCAAAGUAGUUAAUCUAAUGGGAUUUACUUUUACCAAUCUGGAGCCUUUAGAUACCUUUUCGGUAUUCACAUGCUCCACUUAAGCAAUUUUUCCCAGGUGCAGAAUUCCUUGUGGCAUCUUAUAUCUGCAGUUCUUUUAUACUAUGUUUUUUUUUUUUUCUUGCACAUAUUUUUGCUUUUUUUUCCAUUGAAACUCAAUCUGCUAAUGAAUUAAGUAAGAAUAAGGUGCCUAAAAACUACAAGCAAAAUAAUGAAAAAAAAAAAAAAGAAAAAAUUAGAUGUAACCUCUGUUCCCAGCCAACCGCCAAAACAUUCAGAACAAUCUUAGGGUGGCUUUCUUUUCUAGUAGAAAUAAUACUGAUAUGCAUCCCAAACCUGUGGGUUGAACUAUACUGUAUGUAAUGUGUGCUUUUUUUGCUUAGUGAAAGUUCAUUGAAACUUCAGAUAUAACAAAAACUUAACUUAAAAAAAGGAGAAAGGUAAUGUUAGCAAUUCAGUUAAAAAAAAAAAAAAAAGCAUUAUGAAUCAGGAUACAAGUUGUUGUGUGCCAGAGACAUGAUGGGUGAGCUGUUGUGCCUCUGCACAUUAAGUUACAGUCUAAAUUAAUUUCAACUUUGGAGAUCACCGGGUUUCAGUUGAACCACAAACAGAGGUUCUCAUGUACUUUUGUUAAUGGUCUUGAAUGAAACAAUUGAAUUAAAGUUUUAUGAAAAUCA